AUGAAGGUCUGGAUCCUUCUCAUCGAAGCAGGAAUAACCUUGGGCUGCAUAUCUGGCAGUCUGUACACAGCCCCCGACUCCUGCAAGGGACGCUGUGAGGAGCCAUACAAUGAGGAGGACGAGUGCCACUGCAACGCCAAGUGUGAGAGAUAUCACAACUGCUGUGAGGAUUAUUAUACAUACUGUGGAGAAUGGGCCGAAGAGGCAGAGCACACAUACACCAGUGAGGGUUUCUCCAGAAGUCAGGAUGCCAUCACAGAUGGGGACCUCCUGCAUAUCUCAGAGCAGCUUUACGAGGCAGAUCACAACAAAGCUCAGCCGACUGACAUCACCAUUAACCCGCAGCAUCGGGUCUCCUCAGACCAGACAGGUGACCAGGAAGACCACUCUCCUGAGCCGCUCUACAAAUACGUCAAUGAGAAGCUCUUCUCCAAACCCACCUAUGCUAGCUUCAUUAAACUGCUGGACAAUUACCAGAGAGCAACUGGCAGGGAGGAGGACGUCACAGCAGAGGAGCUGAAGGAACAGGACAACUUCCUCAAGGAGGUGAUGAAAACUGAGCUCAUGAAGAAGCUCUUCACUUUCCUCCACAAAAAAAACCGCUACAGCUCUGAGCAGGAAUUUGUCACCGAUUUGAAGGAGAUGUGGUUCGGCCUCUACUCCAGAGGCAACGGCGAGCAGGACUCCAGUGGCUUUGAGCAUGUCUUCUCAGGGGAAGUAAAAAAAGGGAAAGUGACUGGAUUUCACAACUGGAUUCGCUUCUACCUUCUCGAAAAGCAGGGUCUCAUCGACUACUUCAGCCACAGCUAUGAUGGGCCGUGGAGCACCUAUCCUGACGUGCUGGGGAUGCAGUUCAACUGGGAUGGGUUUUACAAAGAGGUGGGCUCUGCAUUCAUUGGCUGCAGCCCUGAGUUCGAGUUUGGCCUGUACACAUUGUGCUUCAUUGCUCGACCUGGAAGGGCAUGUCACCUGAGCCUGGGCGGCCACAGCCUGAGCAUCCAGACCUACACCUGGACCAAGUCCACCUACGGCAAUGGCAAGAAGUACAUCGCCACUGCCUACGUGAUCUCAUCCUGA